AUGGAUAUUCAACGAAACGAUAUAUCCAACCCCGUCGCUAGAGAUCAAGCAAGAAGGAAACGCUCGACAGUCAGUCAGGCAUUGGACAAUGAGGAAACUUUAUACUUCUGUAAUGUCACUCUGGGUACCCCCAAGCAGACCGUACGUCUGGUUCUCGACACUGGAAGUAGUGAUUUGUGGUGCAAUACACCAAAUUCUACUCUCUGUGCAUCCACCAAAAACGUCUGCGCUGAAUCCGGUACUUACGACUCGACCUCUUCCUCUUCCUAUUCCUUUGUGAACUCGGACUUCAAUAUCAGCUAUGCCGAUGGUUCCGGUGCUGCCGGAGACUAUGUGACCGACACUCUUACCAUCGGAGGCACAACUAUUAAAGACUUCCAAUUUGGCAUUGGGUUUUCAUCUGGCUCUCCAGAGGGCGUGCUGGGUAUAGGAUACACCGUGAAUGAAGUCCAGGUUGGCAGAAAUGGAGACUCGGCUUAUGCCAACCUGCCCAAGGCGAUGGUCGGGAAAGGAAUAAUCCAAUCAAAUGCCUACAGUCUUUGGCUGAACGACCUGGAUGCGAACACCGGCUCGAUUUUAUUUGGUGGAGUCAACACGAAAAAAUAUCACGGCGCCCUACAAACAGUCCCCGUCCAGAAGGUUCGCGGACUAUACUCGGAGUUCAUUAUUGCGCUCACAAAAGUGUCCCUCACCAAUUCUUCCGGUGAAAAUACCUACUCUUCUAGUUCCAUUCCGGUGGGCGUGUUACUGGACUCGGGAAGCUCUCUUACAUACCUUCCAGAUGCCCUUGUUCAGGACAUCUACGAUGAUCUCGGGGUCUCCUACGAAUCGGAGAGUGGCGUUGGCUACGUUGAAUGCAGCAUGGCAGAUGACGACAUCACCCUCAGUUACACGUUCUCAUCCCCGACGAUUAACGUGGGCAUCAAAGAGAUGGUCAUCGAUGUUGGCGAUAUCUACUUCCGAAACGGCAAGCGGGCCUGCGUCUUCGGUAUUGUUCCCGCAGGAAGCAGCACAGCAGUCCUGGGAGAUACGUUCCUGCGCAGUGCGUAUGUGGUAUACGAUCUCGCCAAUAAUGAGAUCUCCCUCGCCAGCACCAACUUCAACGCCACCGAGAAUGAUAUCUUGGAGAUCGGGACUGGCACCGAUUCCGUCCCCGGUGCCACUGCAGUCUCGAAUCCAGUGACCACCGCGCCAGUUGGUGGCACCGCUGCUCGCAUUGGAGGUAUUGGAGGAUCCGGCCUCUUCAGCUCGGCCUCUGCAACUGGAAAUAUGGCCAUCCCUAAGGCCACCGCUAUGCCGAAACGCCUGGCUGUCGGCUUUGCCGGUGUGGGAGCUCUUUUGGCUCUCUAA